UAAUGUAAACAUUCACUUUCGAGCUAACUGUUGUGAAAGGCAGAUGGAUUCCCCGGACAGGGAUAACUUCUUUGAUAAAUUUGUUGACAGAAGAAAGAUUUUUGAUAAACAAGAUUGCAUUCAAUGCUUUCAACGUUACGACAUUGACAGAGAUGGCUUUCUGAAUAAGAAGGAGUUUCACCAGUUACUGAAUGAUGUGUUCUGUGAUGGCUCACAGUCCUACAAGCUCACUGAGGCACAGGAGGGGGAAAUUCUUACUCUCCUAGACCAAGACCAGGAUGGAAAAAUCAGUAAAGCUGAGUUUCUUGGAAACUGCUACUACUGGCUCAAACAGAUUUUACAGCCCAACUCUGCUCUGAUUGUGGUUGAUGUACAGAAUGAUUUCCUGGAUGGAAACCUCGCACUUCGUAACUGUCCCGCAGGUCAGGAUGGGUUAGGGGUCAUUCCUGCCAUUAACUCUCUCCUUGAGACAGUGAACUUUGACCUUGUAGUGUAUACCAGAGAUUGGCACCCUGCAGACCACAUAUCAUUUGCAGAAAACAAGCACAUUAGACCUUUCCAUUCUUCAAGCCAAAUUUCUCAGAAAGAAGCCAAGGUUCAUGACACAGUGAUAUUUGAGGGAUCCUCCAUUACUGAGCAGAAACUAUGGCCCACUCAUUGUGUUCAGGGAAGCUGGGGAGCUGAACUGCACACAGAUCUCAAGGUCCCAGAUGACAGCAUCUUUGUGGAUAAAGGAAAGAAUCCUGAUGUGGACAGCUACUCGGCAUUCUGGGAUAACAACAAACAAUCACAGACAGAACUGGUCCAGAUCUUAUCUAAACGUAACAUCACUGAUGUCUAUGUCUGCGGAGUGGCCUAUGAUGUCUGUGUAGGUUUUACAGGGUUAGAUGCAGUGGACCAUGGAUUUAGGGUGAUUGCUCUGGAUGAUGCUUGUCGCGGUGUGGAUGUGCAGCACAUAGAAGACAUGAAGAAAUCACUCCAAGACAAAGGAGCCAUUAUUAUAAAUACCUGCAAGGUGAAGGACAUUGUAGAGGGAUCUGACCGUCCUCCAAAGCUUGGGCUCCAGACUGCACGAAAUGUGGCCCUGGCACGAACAUUAGUUAAUAACAAUAAGGUUCUCCCAACGUAAUUAUCUCCCUUUCAGUUCAUGUCUUCUGUUAAGAGUCUGUGUUGUUAGUAACAUUCAUCCUGAGCCUUGUGUACAAGUGCAAUGUUGACUUUUGUCUGUGUCACUUUCUUUGUGGAUCAUUAAUGUUUGUUUUUCUUUUGGUAUUUCAGAAUGUUUUGAUUGCAUACAGUUCAAAUUAAAAUAGUUGCUAAUUUACUUUAGGAAGUUGGAAGUUUAAGAGAUGCUAGUGAAUGAUGUUUCUAGUCAUAAACUUUCAUAAUCUCUUUUAAAUGAGGUUUUAUUUCUGUUCAUGGAUAUAAAGGUUUUUAUAGUUACAUAUACCUUAAUUAUUUUAAAAGUCCAGCUAACAUUUUUUGGUUAGUGAAUUUUUGUUUAUUAAUUUGUACACACACACCCAUAUAUAUUACAAUCUUAUACUUAAUAAGCAUGAUGGCAUGUCAAUUUAUAUUUUUAAAAAUGAUAUAUUGCCUAAUUGUAUUUUAAAUUUUUUUUCUGACACAGUCACACUGUAUUUAUUUUUAAAGGGUUACAUGUUCAGAGAAGUAAAUGAAAGGAUGAUGUUAAUAAAUGUCAGGAAAAUAGAUAUACCAUAUAACAAGGUAUUUUAGUGACAUUCAAAUUUAGUGAUUUUAUCCUAAAAUUGGGCAUUUAUUAUUAGUCCCCUACCGGUGAAACUGGAGGGGACUAUAGGUUUUUAUCAUGGUGAAUAAGAAUUUUUAACAAUUUACAAGAUAAAUUUAUUUAUUAUCUCGGACAAUAUUUAUGAAUGAAUUAUUAGCUAGAUUUAUUUUUACCAUUGCCUAGACCAUUUCUAAUUAUGCCAAAAUUUGAUGAUCAUUAAUAGUUCCUGUUAUAUGGUAUCGUAUCCUUUGAUAUUUAUUAGAUUACUAGUAUUCACCCACCUCAGUUAUUCUAGAUCUGAUUUCACUUGUUUCAUAUCAGUUUUUUUUAAUCCUCUGAAUUUUGUUUUUUUAUUAGAUUAAUACAACCUCCUCUUAUAUUAGGAUUCACAUUAACUAAAUAUAAUUGAUCUGAUAGUAAGAAUACUCAAGGUAUUGUGAGUGAUUUCAUACUUUAUGUUUCAUUGUUUUUAUAUUAUGCAUAUGUACAUAGUCAAUAUGGGUAUUGAAUUCUUGUAUACAUAAUUUCAGCGCAUUUUCACAACAGUUUUGGUAUUAUAUUGCACGGAUCACUACAGUUUUGGUAUUAUAUUGCACAGAUCACUACCAGAAGGUGCAUUUCGCACCUGCUUCACAUUCGCUCUUGUUAUUGACUCCAAAGUACAGAUAAUGCAGAGAAAUGUUGAAUAUUUACAUGAAAUUGUAUAAGACAAUGGAAUAGGCAUGUAAUUCAAGUGGUGAACAGUUAUAUGUAGAUUAUUGCUGUUUUUUCUUGAAAGUUUGCAUACUAGUAUGAGAUUUUUAAUCCAUACCAGCUUAUAUUGUAAAGCUGCAUUAAUUACCCUGGAAAUUAAAGUACAGUGAACUAAAAAAACAUACAAAAUUUAAUGCUUACUACAUAUAGUCAGUAAUUUUAUUACCUCAAACUGAAAAUGUGAGUUCCUUUAGUAUUCCUGAUAU